AUGCAGUGGCUUUCAAUUAAGCCCGCUUUUAUUCUUAAAAAUAAUGGACCACUGCAGUGUACGAAUUAUGUACGAAAUGCAAAAAAAUCGGUUAUGGCUUGCAAUAAUAAAUGCAAUACUUUGGGGGCUGUUUGUUCAUUUACUAUUUAUUUAAUUUCGACAUUGUUUUUAAAACUUGGGAAUUGCUUUGAAUUUACCAAUGAGAUAGAAAUGUCUUCCCUCUCAAAGCGAGUAGAUAACUGCAAAAAAUAUUUUAAGGCAGCAAGUUUUCUGUUUCUGUUCAAACAUGAAGCAUGUUUUAGAAAAGGAAUUUCUGGAAGUCAAGAUAUGGAAGGGUGUGAGGGAGAAGAAGAUUAA